AUGCACGCGGUGACUUUUGAGUCGACUCAAAAGCACCAUGCACGCGCGUAUGCGUGUGUGCUGCUCUACUGCGACCAGGUGGGCGGCACGCUCAAGAUGGCGGUGGAUCAACAGGACCUGGUGGUGUACAAGGAGAGCCCCCUACCAGAUCUGCAGCACGGGGGUUGCAUGCACGAUACCAGAAGCAUCUCUGUGUUCUGUCUGAACCCCUGUGUGUGUGUAUACCCCCGCCUUUUCCCAUCUCCUCGUCCCAGGGUGGGCGGCACACUCAAGAUGGCGGUGGAUCAGCAGGACCUGGUCGUCUACAAGGAGAGCCCCGGCACGCCCGAGCCUCCGCCGGAGGUUCGGGAGGACGUGCGGGUGUUUGAGCGCAACCUGACGUAUUGCUCCGCGCCCAUGUUCGGGGCCAUUGACACACAGAGGCUGCUGGAGUGGAUUGAAUUCCACCGCUCAAUUCACGGUGUUGAUUACCUGCGCAUGUACGAUGCAGGGGCCAUGGAUGAUGAUGUCAUGGCAGCACUAAGACCCUACCUGAGGGCGGGUAUCAUGGACAUCACUGACAUCAAGGGACCCGCGCUCUAUGACACAUGGAGCUAUGCGCAGGUGCUGAUGGUGAAUGACUGUGCUCUGAGGUCGCGACAGCUCACCAGGUGGGUGCUAUUCAUGGACGUGGAUGAGUACAUUCACGUGGUGGAGCCACCUCACUCGCUGCUCGUCUUUCUCAACUCAGUGCCCGCCAUCCCCUGGCUCUCCUUUGGCUCCCUCACCUUCCCUCUUGACAUCUGCGGCAAGAUACAGGAGGCUGGGUGGGAGCCGUGGGCAGUGGAGCAGCUGGUGUUUCGAGAGCCGGUGCCACACUGCAAGGAGCCCACCAAGUACUACAGGUGUGUUUGUGUUGGUGCUCAGGUGAUUCUUCAGGUGAUUUCAGCACAAGUGAGAGUGCCGCACUGCAAGGAGCCCACCAAGUACUACAGGUGUGUCUGUGUUAGUGCUCAGGUGAUUCUUCAGGUGAAUUCAGCACAAGUGAUUGUGCCACACUGCAAGGAGCCCACCAAGUACUACAGGUGUGUUUGUGUUGGUGCUCAGGUGAUUCUUCAGGUGAUUUCAGCACAAGUGAGAGUGCCGCACUGCAAGGAGCCCACCAAGUACUACAGGUGCGUCUGUGUUAGUGCUCAGGUGAUUCUUCAGGUGAAUUCAGCACAAGUGAUUGUGCCACACUGCAAGGAGCCUACCAAGUACUACAGGUGUGUUUGUGUUAGUGCUCAGGUGAUUCUUCAGGUGAAUUCAGCACAAGUGAUUGUGCCACACUGCAAGGAGCCCACCAAGUACUACAGGUGUGUUUGUGUUGGUGCUCAGGUGAUUCUUCAGGUGAUUUCAGCACAAGUGAGAGUGCCGCACUGCAAGGAGCCCACCAAGUACUACAGCACAGGUGCUGCAGAUCCAGCAGUCUACGACCUCAACCCCCCUGAACCCCCCUCAACCCCCCUCUCCUUCCCUUUCACCACUCUCUCACCACUCUCUCCCUGCUUUCUCCCUUCCCAUUACCACAGUCGGGACGCGUGUCUCAAGUGGGAUGGGCAUCGAACGUAUGCAGUCAAUCCAUGGGCAGCACAGCUGCCUCAGAUCCAGCACUUGUAUGAUCUCAACGCCACACCACCCCCCCCUUUUCUCUCCCCUUGUCACAGUUGUGACGCUUGCCUCAAGUGGGAUGGCCAUCGCAAGUAUGUCGUUAACCCGCGGACAGCACAGGUGCUGCAGAUUCACCGAGUCAAGAGCUCGUCGCUGGUUGUUCGCUCAGCGGCGUGCGACGCGCAGAUGUCGUUCGGCGGCGGCGGAGGAGAGUCGCAGUCGUCGUCGGGAACGUCGGGAUCGCAACAGGCGACACAGCAGAAGCAAUCGGCUCCGAACGUGGCGAAGCUUGACAUGGGGGGAACAGGUUUCCCUCCCCGGGAUGAUGAUGGGGGUGGUGGAGGAGGUGGGGGCGGUGGUGGCCGCUUCUGGUGGGGCUUUGGGUUCUG